AUGCUCUCUCACACAGAUCUCCUGGAUGCUCGGCUCGGUGAGUUAUCAUCGCCAAACUCCGGUCUUCAACUAUACUGUAAGCUGGAGCAAUUUCUAAUCUAACAACGUUAUGAAAUUAAAUUGACCCAUUUGUCUUUGAUGUCAGCCCGUUGCAUGCGUAAACGAAUUGUGUCAAAAACUAUUUGUUUCAGUCCUGCCUUAAUUUGAUGUGUACAUUCUGAAAUGUUGAUGUUGAUUAUAUUGAAUUUUUGAGUCAAGCAGAGGAUGGAUUAUAUUUGUAACACUUUAAGAGGACUCGUAUGAAUAACAAUUGCCUGUAAUUUGACAAACAACAUUUUACAUUUCACACCAGGGAAUUAAAAUUCUAACCUACAUAGACAAAUGUAAGAUCGUUCUUCAAAUGCAUCAUUUCAGUAACUUCUGAUUGUGUUUCAUCCCUCACUCAAGGGUCUCAGAGUUGUUCUCUGCAGCGCUAACUGUGUUGCCAUCUCUCUCUUUCUCCCCCCCCGCCCCCCCCCCCCCCCACACUCCCCCUCCGCAGGGAUGAAGGAUGCUGCGGAGCUGCUGGGGCACCGAGACCCGAUGAAGUGCCGGUUGGGUGGCGGGGUGGUGGACCAGGGAGACAUGGCCCCUGGCCAGGACACCGUGGAGGGGACCACCUUGCUGCCCGGGGACGAAAUCAUCACGGGUGGAUCCAACCCGCCGGGCAUGCCGGUAAACAGUAAGGACACUGAGAAACAGCAGCAGCAACAGCAGCAAAACUCUAGUCAGACUGCCAACCAGCAGAAACAGAAGCGGCAUCGAACACGCUUCACCCCGGCUCAGCUGAACGAGCUGGAACGGAGCUUCGCCAAGACCCACUACCCGGACAUCUUUAUGCGUGAGGAGCUGGCGCUGAGGGUCGGCCUCACCGAAUCCCGUGUGCAGGUAAAUUGUGUCCUGAGUAUUAAUGUUUCUUUAGGUUACAUUUACCCCCAAAAUGUCCUGUUAAAUUGAUAUCAUAAACAUGUUGAAUCACAUAAUGAUUAGGCUACUCAUACAAACAUAUGUUUUAUAUAUUUCUAAAACGAAUAAGCCAAAAUGAUAUACAAAUGUAUUGGUUUUACAAAAUGUGUAUAUUAGCCUAACUAUGCAAUUAACCCUUUGAUAUAGCCAAUAGAAGGCCUUUGAUAUGACAUUUUAAUAGCCCAUCAACAUUUUAAAAAAUGAUUUAGCCUUGCUAUAUAUUUAUUUUAAAUGGUUAGAACUAGGCAAUACAAAAUGUCAAUAACGCAAUGAGUAGAAUAACAAAUUGUCCAAUAUGUAUGAACAUGUAUCCAAGCAAAUGUUGCACCCAUAUAAGAAAACAAGUAAACUUAUUCUGCUAAUAAGCAAUAUAAAAAGAAGAACUGAUACACAAUAACAUUGAUUUCGUUAUGUUAUAGGCUAAGGGGCAGGUGAUUGAAAAGUUGAAAGGCACAUCAGGGUCAGGAGCGCUGUCCAUGGUGCUGGUGCACCUCCCGAACGCUUUCUGUUGCCCAGCGUAUGCACCACGACUAAUAUCAUGCCAAACCACAGUUCUACCAAUGACAGCGCUAUUCCUUGUAAACAAUCCAGUUGAAAUGGGUUUAAUUGAAUAAGAAACAUGCUAUUUUAUGAUUUAUAAUAUUUACUCGAUUAUUUUCUAAACAAUAUUUGUUGUUGACGCUCCCAGGAAAAGCUGCAGUCAAGCGAUUUCUCGUUGUAAAACAAAACUCAUUUGUGGCAGUCUAUAGUAGGCUAUUCCUGAAAUAAUGGGGGACAGUUAAUCUUGAAAGGAAAACGAUGCCUUGGAACUUUCUUCUCAUUCAGUAAAACAGUGUAUACCACACAACUGUAGGGCCUAUAGUGCAAAUGUACAGAAGCGCUGUUUGUAUUUAGGCCUAGCGACAUACAUUUUAGUCAUUUAGCAGACGAUCUUAUCCAGAGCGACUUACAGUUAGUGAAUGUAUACAUUUUUCAUACUGGCCCCCCGUGGAAAUCGACCCCACAACCCUGGCGUUGCAAGCGCCAUGCUCUACCAACUGAGCCACAGGAGGGCUUACAUACAAAUCGAAAUGCACAUUUAACGUCACAGAGAAAUAAUGACAUUUUCCAUAGGUUAUGCACUGUGCCAUAAUGUUUUAGGAAACAUUUAUACGUGUAACCUACAGGGAUGCCUGCAUGUUAUCAAUUUGAAUAUAUACAUUCGUUUCUGUCUCUAGCCUAUACUUUUAGUGCGUCAAAAACGUCAUACAUAUUUUAUUAAUUUAGAAUGGCAUAGUCUAGGCCUAUAACAUAAAAACAUUUUAUUUGAUGUGUUUAAUUACGUCGAUGUAUGCUGGAUUUCUAAGACACUAUAGUAAAACCAAACACAUUAUUAUCAACCUAUUUCAGUCUUAUUCAUAAAUUAACGGAUUAUUAACCAGUGAUGUGAAAUUCAUGCAAAUUACCCUCAUUGCAAUAAAGUAUAUCAUUAGUGAUGGCUAUAAUUAAGUCGUUUUUAUAUUAUGCACAAACACUAAAGCAGUAGGUAAGCAGGCCUAUCUGAUAUCUAAACCUACAUUUCUGCAAACAGCGCAUUAGAUCUGCAGUGUAACUUCGCGCGCCUAUUUGUUGCUGUCCUCUGGAAUGGUCUAUCAGCUACGUCUUAAUAGGACGCUGUGCGAGACUAUAUUGUACUUUGUUAAUGGAAUGAGAAAUUGCAUUUUCUUUCCCCUCGAGUGUAAUGGAUUCGCUCGGCGUUUCACGGCUGGCUGAAGGGAAUGAGAGCGAGAUUUUAGAUUUAAUACAGCGGCACAGAAUCUCGGACCCGUGAACACAUUAAUCAUGCCUGGAAUAGCGAUUAAAUCUUUAUAAAGCUCUAUCCAUGAGACCCUUCAAGUAACCUGCGUGUGUGUGUUUUUACAGAGUUUUAACAAUUAUUUAAACCACUGAUUUAUGAGUAUUUUUAUUACGUAAAUACAGUUUUAACCACUCUUAACGCCAACCGCUGCUUCGGUGCAACGUUGGUUUAGAACAUUGUUUUAAGAAACGAAUUCCGUGUUAUAGUAAUGGAUUUAAUUUAAACGGUCCAUAGACCACAGAGAUCCUAUGCAAUUACUAUUUAUUUCGAUGAUGACUCAGGCAAUUUAUUGUAGCGAUAAUUGCGAAGUGUGGGUCUCGAACCCGGCCCAUAGGCAUACCUGCUGGCCACUGCUCCAAUAUGGGAUGCCUACCUAGACAAGAUUCAGUGUAACGCCCCUUGCAGGUCUCGAAUCCGCAACCACUGCUAACUAUUGCUUAUCACUGCUCCAAUAAGGGUUAACCCCUAGGCAAGGUUCAUUACAAUAUUAAAGAAUAUUAAAGAACAUGAGGACCAAUUUCUAAUGUUUAUUUUUGAAAUGUUACCUUAUUUAUCCAGGUUUAGUCUCUGAUGAAAUAAAAUGUUAAAAACAAAUAUAGUAAUUUGUAAGACUUCUGGAUAUCAGUCUAUCUUCCCUCUCCAAGUUUAGCCUAUAAGAAUAAAUGCUAUAUGUUUUAAAUGUGUUAUGUAGCCUAACCUAUCUCACGCUCUCUUUCCUUUUCUCUCCAGGUGUGGUUCCAGAACCGCCGCGCCAAGUGGAAGAAGCGUAAGAAGACCACCAACGUCUUCCGCGCCCCUGGCACUCUGCUACCAACGCACGGCCUGCCUCAGUUCUCUGCUGCGGCCGCCAUGGAGAACAGCCUGUGCUCCUUCCACGCCAACGACUCCCACUGGGCCACGGGGAUGCACGGGGUGACCCAGCUCCAGCUCCCCCCUGCCCUUGGCCGCCAGCAGGCGAUGGCCCAGUCCCUUUCCCAGUGCAGCCUCGGAGCCGGCCCGCAGCACAACUCCAUGGGCCUCUCCAACGGCCUCUCCUCCAACGGCUCAGGCCUGCAGUCCCACCUCUACCAGCCCCCAUUCCCCGGGAUGCCCGCCUCCAUCUCUGGUCCAACGAACGUGUCAGGCUCGCCACAGCUGUGUAGCUCUCCGGACAGUGACAUGUGGAGAGGGACAAGCAUCGCCUCACUGCGACGCAAAGCGCUCGAGCACACAGUGUCCAUGAGUUUCACUUAA